CAAGGUUGGUUACACUUCAAAAGCUGUCAACGGAGAAGGAAGCAGUCAAACGUCAACAAAACGGUUUAUCUGAAUCAAACCCUAUGAAGAAUGGCUUAUCAUCAGGAGGUCAUAUCUGGACUUGCCCACUCACAGGCAGUCCGCACGAGAGACUGAUCUGAGAAUGACCACUCCGCGUCCCCCUGUCACCACCACAGGCUCCUCACCGUAAUCAGACCGACCCCCCUCAUCCCCCACCCCAGCCCACCGUCCCUCUCCUCCUCUUCUCUUUUCGGGUCUGACCACCGGAACCGCCCGUGAGUCAUCGCAGUGUUCCUCUGCCCCCUGGCACGGCGCCCCUCGCUGGGUGAGUGGCGGGCCGGCGUGCGUGCGGUGGGCGGGCGUGCGAUGGCGCGGCGGUACGCUGAGGCUUGUAGCCGCCGCCGUCGUGGACUGUGAUGUCAGAGGCGGGCAGCCAGGGUGAGAGCCAGCGCGGCGCUCCCAGAUUCUUUGUGGGCGAGGAGGACGACGAUGAGAGCGAGGGAACGGACCACGGCUGCAGCAUGAGGACCGACGUGGAGCUGUACGAGGACGACGAGGAGGCCGACUCGCCUCCAGAGAGGCAGAUCGUGAUGGGGAUCUGCUGCAUGAUGAAGAAGUCCAAGUCCAAACCCAUGACUCAGAUCCUGGAGAGGCUGUGCCGCUUCGAGUACAUCACCGUGGUGAUCUUCCCCGAGGACGUCAUCCUCAACGAGCCCGUGGAGAAGUGGCCACUCUGUGACUGCCUCAUCUCCUUCCACUCCAAAGGCUUUCCACUGGAUAAAGCCGUAAGCUACGCCAAACUCAGAAACCCUCUUCUGAUCAACGACCUGAACAUGCAGUACUACAUACAAGACAGGAGAGAGGUGUACCGUAUCCUGCAGGAGGAGGGCAUUGACUUGCCUCGCUACGCCGUGCUCAACCGGGACCCAGACAAACCACAAGAGUGUAAUCUGGUGGAGGGGGAGGACCAUGUGGAGGUGAACGGGGAGGUGUUCCCCAAACCGUUUGUGGAGAAGCCGGUGUCUGCCGAGGACCACAACGUCUACAUCUACUACCCCACCUCAGCCGGCGGAGGCAGCCAGAGACUCUUCCGGAAGAUCGGCAGCAGGAGCAGUGUGUACUCUCCCGAGAGCAGCGUGAGGAAAACUGGCUCCUACAUCUAUGAGGAAUUCAUGCCCACAGAUGGCACAGAUGUUAAGGUGUAUACUGUGGGUCCUGACUACGCGCACGCUGAGGCGCGUAAGUCCCCUGCGCUGGACGGGAAGGUGGAGCGGGACAGCGAGGGCAAGGAGAUCAGAUACCCCGUCAUGCUGACCGCCAUGGAGAAACUGGUGGCUCGCAAAGUCUGCCUGGCCUUCAAGCAAACAGUGUGUGGCUUUGACCUGCUUCGUGCCAAUGGCCACUCCUACGUGUGUGACGUCAACGGAUUCAGUUUUGUCAAGAACUCUAUGAAGUACUAUGACGACUGUGCCAAAAUCCUGGGGAACAUUGUGAUGAGAGAACUGGCCCCGCAGUUUCAGAUUCCCUGGUCCAUCCCCACCGAGGCUGAAGACAUCCCCAUCGUCCCCACCACCUCAGGCACCAUGAUGGAGCUACGAUGUGUCAUCGCUGUGAUCCGACACGGCGAUCGCACCCCUAAACAAAAAAUGAAGAUGGAAGUCCGCAACCCCAUGUUCUUUGAGUUGUUUGAGAAGUAUGGGGGCUAUAAGACAGGCAAGCUGAAACUCAAGAAGCCCAAACAACUUCAGGAAGUGCUGGACAUUGCCCGGUUGCUGCUGAUGGAUCUGGGCCAGCGCACGGAGGUGGAGGUGGAGGAGAAGAAGUCCAAACUGGAACAGCUCAAGACCGUGCUGGAGAUGUAUGGCCAUUUCUCUGGGAUAAAUAGGAAAGUCCAGCUGACCUACCUGCCACACGGACAACCCAAGACCUCCAGUGAGGAAGAGGACACCCGUAAGGAGGAGCCAUCCUUGCUGCUGGUGCUCAAGUGGGGAGGGGAGCUGACCCCAGCUGGCCGGGUUCAGGCUGAGGAGCUGGGCCGAGCCUUCCGCUGCAUGUACCCUGGAGGACAGGGUGACUACGCUGGGUUUCCUGGUUGCGGUCUACUCAGACUUCACAGCACCUACCGCCACGACCUCAAAAUCUACGCUUCUGACGAGGGACGCGUGCAGAUGACUGCAGCAGCCUUCGCUAAGGGUCUGCUGGCGCUGGAGGGUGAGCUGACGCCCAUCCUGGUGCAGAUGGUGAAGAGCGCCAACAUGAACGGCCUGCUGGACAACGACAUCGACUCGCUCAGCAGCUGCCAGCACCGCGUCAAGGGCCGCCUCCACGAGAUCAUGCAGAAGGACCAGGACUUCACCGAAGAGGAGUACGACAAGUUGGCCCCCACUGGUAGCUGCUCCCUGGUCAACUCCAUGAAGGCGGUGGGAAACCCUGUGUUCACGUGUGACAGCGUUUACGCCCUCAUCCAGAGCCUCACCUCGCAGAUCCGCAAGAAGAUGGAGGACCCCAAGUCCGCAGACCUGCAGCUGUACCACAGCGAGACCCUGGAGCUGAUGCUGCAGCGCUGGACCAAGCUGGAGCGCGACUUCCGCAUGAAGAGCGGCCGCUACGACAUCAGCAAGAUCCCCGACAUCUACGACUGCAUCAAGUACGACGUGCAGCACAACGCCUCCCUGGGCCUGGAGAACACCGUGGAGCUGUUCACCAUGUCCCGCGCGCUGGCCGACAUCGUCAUACCACAGGAGUAUGGCAUUAAUAAAGUGGAGAAGCUGGACAUCGCCUAUGCCUACUGCCUCCCUCUGGUCAAGAAGAUCCAGCUGGACCUGCAGAGGACUCAUGAGGACGAGUCUGUGAACAAGCUGCACCCUCUGUACUCCAGAGGAGUUCUGUCUCCAGGACGACACGUCCGCACACGUCUCUACUUUACCAGCGAGAGUCAUGUGCACUCUCUCCUUAGUAUCUUCCGCUACGGAGGCCUUCUCGAUGAGGAGAAUGACCAGCAGUGGAAGAGGGCGAUGGACUACUUGAGCGCAGUUUCCGAGCUCAACUACAUGACUCAGAUAGUCAUCAUGCUCUAUGAGGACAACAACAAGGACCCUUCGUCAGAGGAGCGCUUCCACGUGGAGCUGCACUUCAGCCCGGGGGUGAAGGUGAGCGAGGAGGAGAGCGCUCCCCUGGGCUUCGGCUUCAGGCCAGCGUCCAGCGAGAAUGAGCAGAAGCAGACCGACCCUGGCAGCCUGGAGAAUCUGUCUCGAGAUGAGCCAGACCGCGCCCUUCCUCUCUCUGACUCAAUCAGCACACAGAGGCGCUCCCCCCUCAUCCGCAACAGGAAGACAGGCUCCAUGGAGGUCCUGUCUGAAACGUCCUCGUCUAAAGGGGGAAGCUACCGCCUCUUCUCCUCUUGCUCACGCCAGUCCCCUGAGAUGAAACAAAGUGGCCUAGGCUCCCAGUGUGCCGGCCUGUUCAGCACCACCGUGCUGGGGGGGUCCUCUAGCGCCCCCAACCUGCAGGACUACGCACGCACCCACCGCAAAAAAUUCUCCUCCGGAAGCUUGUCGUAUAAAGACGAAUUGUUGUGUAUGCCGGCUGUAAAGCGAUUUUCUGUGUCGUUUGCAAAGCAUCCGACUAAUGGUUUUGAAGGCUGCUCGAUGGUGCCCUCCAUCUUCCCUCUGGAGACGCUGCACAACUCGCUCUCCCUCAAACAGGUGGACGAGUUCCUCACCGCAGUGUGUGAGAGCGCCGGAGACUCGCACGCCAGAUCCACCAGAGCCUUGUCAGCCAUGUUUGAUGCCCACAACCAUCCCUGUGUGGACUCCUACAUCCCUCAGCGUGUGCUCUCAUCGUCCGUGUCGCUACGGCAACGCUCUGACAAGCCCCCCUGGUACAGCAGCGGUCCCUCCAGCACGGUGUCCAGCGCCGGGCCGUCCUCGCCCACCACGGCCGACACGUCGCCGCGCUUCAGCUUCAGCGAGAAGACGCCGCUGACCCCGCAGAGCAGCGAGGAGGCCCACUCGGCCCAGCACAGCCUCCACAACACCCCCACCAGCCCCCCCGAGCCGCCCACGCACCCCUCCAUGGACCCCCACCACCACCACCACCACCCGCCGCCGCCGUCCAGCCCUGGACAGGGUGCCGAGGACGGGCCCGACGCGGGCGAGGCCGAGGAGAACGUGGAGCUAGUGGAGGAGCCGAAGGAGGAGGAGGAGGAGGAGGAGGAGGAGGAGGUCAUGCCCGAGCUGGAGUGCCCGGCGCUGGCGGGGCUGGUGCGCGGGGAGCCGCUGUGCUCGGUGCCCGGCUCGCUGCCCGUGCUGCUGGAGCUGCGGGAGAGCAGCUCGGAGGCCGGCUCCAACACGCAGACGCCGCUCUCGCCCGACGAGCCGCAGCAGUUCUUCGACACGCAGGAGUCGCUGGAGCCCUGGAGGAGCAGCCCCACGCCCGGCACCCCGCUGGAGGUGGGCGGACCGCCCCACGUGCCUGAACCCUGACCCCCCCCCCCGUCGACCCCGGAAGGGGGGAACGAGACGAGACGAGACGGACAGACAGACGGAUCGGGAGGAGAACGAGAGUGAUAUCUCACGAGAUGGGAGAAGGAGUGACGUGAGAAGGAACGAUCGCUCAAUGGCAAAAAAAAAAGGUUAUUGAGAAGCGUGAGAGAAAACAAAAAAGGAACGGAAGAACAGGGAAGGAGAGGAAAAAGAUGGCUGUGUGUGGAGCCUCGGCGUGUCUGAAGACAGAUAGCCAGACCAGACUGCUUCAGGACCAUCCUUCCUCCCCCCGUUGUGUACUCUGUAGUGCUGUUGUGUCCAGUGGCAGUAGUGUUGUGUCUCAUUGUCCAGCCUCUCAGCCGCUUCCCAGUGAAGUCUUGUGCCCUUUGUGACAUCACACCUGUCUCCAUAGCAACAGCAACAUGGAAUGUCAUGACGAGUGCUGAUGUGCCGCUUCCUGUGUUAUGACUUAUAAGGAAGAGUGACUGUGUCGAGCCAAUGUUAGGAGGAUACUACAAGUGAAGAACUUGGUGAUUCCCUUUCAGAGGGAAUCAAAGUUGACUGCUACGGUUCUUUUUUUUUUUUUUUUUUUUUAGUGUAUGAGUGACAUGUAGAUGCAGAUCCACUUGGUUGAAUCAGCUCCUGGGUGCAUGACGAAAGCAUUUUUCUCUCCUCCGUGGAGGUGUUUGCCCAUUGUUUCAUUUGCACGUGGCUUGUGUAAGAAGAGGGUCUGGACGCUUGGUUGACCAAACCUAAACAAAGUGACACGCACCUGUUGUGACGGUCCUGCCUUUGAGAAAGUGUUCUCUCACCCCAAGACACUGAUGCAGCUUCGGUGGAGAGAGAAAGCGUAAUAGUCCAGUCUCUCUUGCCCUUUGACUGAUUGUGCUCUGUGUGCAGCUGACUGUGCUUUGAUUAGUGCCACCGCAGUUGUCCUCCGCUGAGCUCGCCUCUGGAUCGGCAUGAAACUGACAUUUUGCCUUUUUUUUUGUCUGUGUGUGUGUGUGUGUGUGUGUGUGUGUGUUCCUGUCUGUUGCGUUUGUUUUAUGUGUUUACUGUAGGUGUGCUUCAGUAGCUUCACAGGACGCCCCUGCCCCCCCCUGGCCCACCACUUUACCCACCCCCAGGCAUGGCACCAGUGGGGCAGAAUAACUCACUAGCCAUGUGCCCAGUGCUCUCUCUCUCUCUCUCUCUCUCUCUCUCUCUCUCUCUCUCUCUCUUUCUCUCUCUGUCUUUCUCUCUCUCUCUCUAUGUCUUUCUCUCUCUCUCUCUUUCUCUCUCUGUCUUUCUCUCUCUCUCUCUAUGUCUUUCUCUCUUUCUCUUUCUCUCUCUCUCUCUCUCUCUCUCUCUCUCUCUCUCUGUAUUUCGCUCUCUUUCUUUUUCUCUCUCUCUCUCUCACUCACACAGCUGGCCUCACCCUCUGCUAGAGGUGCAUAGCAUCUACUUCACUUGCUCAGUCACUGCCAGUCUCUGCCAGGCACACAUUUGGAACUUGGACACGCACAUAUACACACACUCAAACACACACACACGCACACACUUACAUCUUCUUUCUCGCUCUCUCUUUCUCUGUCUCUCUCUCAUACACACACACAUGUUCCCCCCUCUCUCUUUCUUUCUCUCUCACACACACACACACACACACACACACACACACACACACACACACACACUUAGUACUUCUGCUUCUGCCAAAGUCUCUUCUGCCUUGCCCACCAUCAAAGCUUAUAACAAUCACUUUUGCAAAUUCUAAUGAUGCACAUACAUACACACACACACACACACACACACACACACAAACACACACACAUUUAUAUAUAUAUUAUAUAUAUAAAUAUACAUAUAUAUAUAUAUACAUAAAUAAAUAUAAAUAUAGAGAGAAAAAUGAAUUUAUCAGCAAUUGUAAUGUGUAGAUAUACAGUAUUUAUCUGCAAAUGUAAAUUGAUAUUUUUAAUGUUGAGACAACAUUGACAAGAGUUGCAGUUCUAUCCCAUGCUGUAUCUUGUUUCUAUUUUUGUAAAUGAACAACCACACUUUUGAAGAGUGAACAUGCUCAUGAUUUCUUUCUCUCUUUUUUAUUUUAUCACCGGUCACCACAUCCAGGCCUGCCUUCAGAGGUGCUCGUUUGCAAUCGUUGCUCCAUGAGAUUACUGUUCUGAUAAGAUUCAGUGUGUGUUAUUGGGAAGCGUUGUGUUUACGUUGUGUUUAGGUUGUCUUUUUUUUUUUAGCUCUUAUGUAAAGUCUAUACGUGAAAAAAAAAAAAAUCAAAGUUGUUACUCCAAAUAUAGGAAAGAGAUGCUGCUACUGCUAAACAGCUAACACUGUAAAUCUACCACAAAGAGAGAAGUGCAACAGAUAGAAAAGCUAUUUGAGAAAUAUGAGAAGAUGAGAUCAUUUCAGUAGAAUAUGUUACCAUUGGACGGCAUUGGUACCCUGUGUUGGUGGAUGUUAGUGUAUCCAUCCCUGUAAAGACUCCACUAUUCAUUGGUAGCCUAACUUGAACAGAGAGACACAUUUGAGGAUUUCUUUUUUUUAAAAUCUCAGAACCAUUUGAAUGAUUCGAUCGAACGGGUUUAAAGUCAGACUUUCCCAUAUGGAAAAAAAAAUACUGUCAUUCAGUCUCUUUGCAAAUAGAUCUUCCCUUUAUUUUCUGUGGCCCAAGUGAAUCAUAAUAAGCACUAUGAAUAAAAAAGGCACAUGUUAUUUUUAUCCCUGAAUCUGAGAGAUCCUCUGCUCAAAGGUGCCACAGUAGCUGCUGUCUGUAGGCUGGUAGUUUUAAUUGGUGCAAUGGUUGAUUUGGAUGUUUCAAUAAAAUGCUUUGUCUAUA